GCGUUGCGGCGAGCAGGUCGUUUUGACGUCACCAUUCAUGUGCCACCUCCAGACGCUGAGGCACGAAGGGCUAUUCUUCAGUUAGAAUUGUCGAAACGGUCGACUUCAAAGCGUGCGCUGGAGCCCCAUUGGCUGGAGGUGUUUGCAAAGGAGAAGCUGGAGGGCUACACGGGUGCAGAGGUGGUCGCUGUAGUGCAGAUGGCAGCAGAGUUGACUCGUGAAUCACAAGAGGCGGAGAUUGACCGACAGCAUCUUCUGUCAGCGUGCGAGCGCGUCCCUCCCUGCACACUUGAACAGUGUCAAGUCCAUCUGCAGCAUGGGGUCCCUCCAAGUCCUUUGUCUCUACUUCCCUCUCCACCUCCAUCGCCUGCUGACUCCUUGUGGCCAUCGCCUCGUCAAUAUUUUGUUAUUUCGUCAGUCCUAAUUGUGCUAUUUGCUCUAGUCUGGCAACUGAUAAUGCACUUCGAUGUGGAUACAUUUCAUUGGUUACAUUUGCCUCAGUGA